AUGAAGACUGCACUCAAGCUGCUGCUGUCCCUGGCCUUAGCUGUGGCUCUGUCCAUCAACACAGAUCCUCCCCCACACCCUCCUGUGUGUGACGACGGUCCCAUCACCCACAUGCGGUCACGAGGGCAUCCACCGCUCCUGUCUCUCCAGCUCCUGCUUCCUGGGCUCAGCUGCUGCUCGGCAUUGGUGCGGGUUGCGAUACCAAACCGUUCGGCAUCAGUUACAUUCGACGCCAUCUCCAUCAAACCAAACUCGUUCACAGCAACGAAACGCAAACUCCCCUCCCAACUCCCCCCUCCUAACCUCCGUAACUGCCAACGCAGAUACGCGCCCCUCGCCCCCUACCCCUCUGGACCCCCUCCCACCUCUACCUUACACCAGCCCCUACCUCAGAUUUUAUGUCCCUCACCCCUUCUGACCAGGAACCUGGCUUUCCUCGGGACCGCGCCCUCCGACCCUGCGGUCUCUAUCCGGUCUACAUGUGCGUGGUCUUGCUCAGUGAACCUACACUCGCGCACUGCAACCUGCGACUCCCACCUUCAUCGCCACAAGUUCAUGGAGCCCAGUUCACGCCAUAGCACGCUUCAACCACCAAACAUGAUGAUCGAGUUCAUCGCCCUCCCUUCAACCUCUGCCACACACCGUCCAACCAAACCUCAAUCCUCCGUACGUAACGAGUUCUACGAGUACUAA